CAUGAAGAGAAGGCAACAUUGUGGAUUUUUAUUGCUCUAGGUUCCACCUGGCUGAAUUGCCCCUGGACUUUCUUCUUCCAGCAUCUCAGAACGUGGUGGUCACCAUUCUCUCAGUACUUCAGCAGUUUCUCCUCUCUGCCUGCUGGACUCAGGUGCAGCUCCGACAUACCCUACAGGAACAGGGAAGGAAGAGGUUGUUCCUGUUGUGCGACUUGCUCUGAGCCUGUGACUGAAGUUCAACACCUGACUGUGAAGAAUCAGCAGUUUUCUCUUUGCUUUUUAUCAGGAUGGAUACUUGGCGGAGAGGAUCCAUUAAGUCCACAACGUUCUUCAGACGUUUCUCACUCAGGAGACACAAAAAGCUGGGCAACCAGGUCAUUAUCUUGAACAAGAACAGCCACACACUGGACAGUGAUGGACAGUGCCAGAAGAGGGAAUGCUUGAGGGAUCUGAAGGACAAGUCUGAUUACCUGUCGUGUCAGAGUGAGCAAAACCUGGCCAAGGCACACGCACCUCCUAAACCACCCCGGCUGUACCUGGACAGCUCUAGCUGCCCUAACAUCAUUGACCACACGGAUUCUCACUCUGAUGUCUCCUUUUCUGCUGCUUCUCAUCAAUACAACAAAGCCACUCAAACUCAGUUCCACAAGGACCAGGCUACAGACUGCGUGACCUCAGAGACUGGUUCCCAGAAUGGCACCACUCUCUGUGACCUGUCUGAUCCUUUCCUGUCCUUCAAAGUGGAUUUGGGGCUAUCGCUUCUCGAGGAUGUUCUGCAGACCCUCAGGAAACAGAAUCCAAGAGAUUAUGCCAUUUGAAGGUAUUUAUGACUUAAUGUAUCACACUUACGUACUGCUGGUGCCAGUUUCUCUAGUUCUAAAGGAAGAAGGAUACUGUAGUACCCCUGUUGCGCGUGGUCUGUUUUAUUGUUGUUGCCUUACCCAUCACAGGCUGUUCUUGUCCUCGCCAAGAAGUCCUUCGGAGCAGAGCUGACAGGCUCCAUGCCUAGAUGAGAGCACUGUCUUCUGGAACCUUGUGGGCAAGUUUCCAUUCUCCACACUGGGAAUUUCUCACUCUUGACUGUGCAUCUCUCCUCACAGAAGAUUGGUAUUGUUUGACUAAAGACUUGUUUUAGAGAUGUGGCUGUGACACUGCAGAGUUUGGACAGAAAGGGGUAUGGCAUACAUAAUUCGUGGAUAAGCAGGCAGCUUGUAAGGAGACAGUGUUACUAUCUCAAAACCAUAGCUAUGGCAAGGGUCAAGAGAUAGAAACUGAUGUUUCUUCUCCCAGCAUGUUUGGAUGUGAAAAAUCAAAGCUGUUCCUCUCCCUUUAUUUCUUUUCAAUGUGUAGUUUUUUUUUUUUCCUUUUUGUUUUUUUUUCCUCCUAUUUCAAAUGCAGUUGGUACUUGCAGCCUGGAAACAGGUAACCAUCUAUAUAAGCUCAUAAUACAGGAACAGCAGUUUAUUUAGCCUACUAGCAGAAGAAAUUCCUCUAGAUACUGCUGCUUGAAGCAUGCACUGACCUAUCAGCUGUACAGACAUGGAAGAAUAAAUGUUUCUGUGACUGGAA